CCCAGCGCACCUUUCAAGGUCGCACAAUGGACAAAACACUACGGGCCUGUCUUUUCGCUGCGUAGAGGUGGGGCCGUGUACGUUGUCAUAGGCCGUCAUCAGGCUGCGGUGGAAAUCAUGGAACGCGAAAGCGCGUCACUUGCUGAUAGACCUUACUUUGUCUCUGCUGGAGAGACUCUCGAGAGCGGUAUGAGAGUUCACGAUAUACACUCCGGUCCUACACUUAAUAAACUACGCCGAGCCAUGCACGACUUCUUCCAAGGCGAUGCUAUCGAGAACCACAAACAUGCUCUAUUCCAGGCUUCCGGAAUCCUCAUGUUCACUAUCUCACUUGAACCGAAUGAGCACCAUAAACUUACUAGAAGCUACGCCACCACCCUAAUCCACACUCUCGCCUACGCAUACUGCACCUCCUCCUCCGGCCACGUCGCCGACAUGCAAGCGACAUUUGCCUCUCGCCUCCUUGAGCGCCUCCCCACUCUCCUCCAGCCUUCCCCUGGCUCUUGGAAAACGAGGUAUGGGGGCUUGAGUAGACAUGAUGAUAGAAUGAAUGUCAAGCUUCAUAAGUGGCACGUAGAGGAGGGACAGUUUCAUAAGUCGAUGGUGGAUUCAGUUAGAGGGAACUCGCGAAGUAACACCGCUGCACCAUGCUUUACCACCCAUCUCCUCUCUCAACAAUCCAACCCCGAAGACGGGCUGAGCGACGAUGAGCUUGCGUGCCUCGUUGGGAGUAUGUUUGGCGCUGGGGCUGACACGAUAGCGUCUGCCAUCAGCAUCAUCAUUAUGGCAGCUGCCACGCAUCCUUUGGCGCAGACGCAUGUGCAAGAGGAACUUGAUCGGGUCGUUGGGGAUAAAAGAGCCCCGACGUUUGACGAUGAAAAGGCGCUCCCGAUGACCAUGGCGUUCAUGCUCGAAUCAUUCCGAUGGAGGCCUGUUACUGUCAGAGGCUACCCACACCGGGCUACAAAGGACAUCAUAUGGAAGAAAUAUGUUAUCCCCAAGGGUGCGAUCGUCGUCGGAAAUCAUUGGGCAAUUGCACACGAUCCAGACGUAUUUCCAAAGCCAGAUGACUUCAAUCCGCUUCGGUGGCUCGACAAGGCAGGACGGCUCAGGGAUGAUAUGAAGUUUUUCAAUUACGGGUUUGGUCAGAGAGCAUGCCCAGGCCAAGACCUCGCCAACCACGCCCUCUUCAUCGCCACCGCACAUCUCCUCUGGGCUUUCCGUAUUUCCGAGGACCCGAAGGACAAAAUUGAUACGAUGAAGUUCACAGAUAGUGUGAAUUUGCAUCCGGAACCGUUUGCGGCUGUGUUUCAGAAGAGGGGGGAGUGGCGGAAGGAGCUGUUA